ACUUUUUUUUCAUCGACAAAUAAAUCUGAGAAUCGAAAUCCACUGCCUGGUUACACCACACUGAUUCAAUAUGGCAAAGAAUCAGAUAAUCAGCUGUUUAUUGGUAGUAGCUCUUUUAUUUGUCUCAUCGGCGCUUGCUAGCUCCGAUGUUCCGUUUAUCGUGGUUUCCAAGAAAGCCAGCCUCAAUCGCCUCAAAUCCGGCUCCGAACGCGUCGCCGUUUCCAUUGAUAUCUAUAACCAGGGAACUUCGACUGCAUAUGAUGUAAGUCUUGUUGAUGAUCGCUGGCCUCAAGAUUUAUUUGAUGUCAUCUCUGGAAACACUUCGCAAUCAUGGGAAAGACUUGAUGCUGGCGGUAUUCUAUCACACUCUUAUGAAUUGGAGGGCAAAGUGAAAGGACCAUUUUUUGGUUCUCCAGCAGUCGUUACUUUCCGUAUCCCCACUAAGGCUGCUCUUCAGGAGGCCUUGUCAACUCCCAUCCUUCCCUUAGAUAUUCUUGCCGACAGACCUCCUGAAAAGAAGUUUGAGUGGGUAAGCUUCUCAUUCAAGCGUAUGCAUCUGAGGUUCUAUGCUUGAGUGCCUACUUUUAUUAGUUGACUGAUUCUUUUCUUUUUUCCUUUUUCUUUUUCACCUUGGGCGUGGGCCAAACUUUUGCAGGCUAAGAGGCUAUUGGCAAAAUAUGGGUCGCUAGUUUCUGUCAUCUCUAUUAUGGUUUUGUUCGUGUUAUUGGUCGCAUCCCCAUCCAAAUCCAGUGCUGCAAAAGCAGGCAAGAAGAGGCGUUAAGGCAUUAAUCUUUACUCAUUGGAUUUUCUAUAAAUCUCUCUGCAGUUAAAUUUCUAGAGUCACGAGCUUAAUGCAGUUGCUAGUUAAAUUUUCAUUUCACCUAGGAUUGAGGACGGCUUUUUCUCGAAAAAAUUAGUUACAUGGUAGUUAAAGAGCAUGUGCAAUAUGAAUCCAAGUGAUUCCUAUUGUUUUACGGGUUUUAUCAUAAUCAUCGACUCUGUACAUUUUAAGGUGACCGGCUGUAUCAAUUUUGUUUCCAGUA